AUGGUGUUCAAAGCCGGCUCGUCCGCCAAUUCACUGCCGCGGGAGGACACCCCUCUGUUGUCCGGCGCCGGAAAGGCCCACCCCCUCUCGUCCCAGCCCAAGACAUUCGCCAACGUCUUCAUCUCCAUCGUCGGCGCCGGCGUCCUCGGCCUCCCGUACACUUUCAUGCGCACCGGCUGGCUGACCAGCCUCGUCACCGUCUUCCUCGUCGCCGCCCUCACCUACUACUGCAUGAUGCUCCUCAUCCACACCCGCCGCAAGCUCGAGGACUCCGCGGCCUGCGCCUUCCCAAAGAUCUCAUCUUUCGGAGAUCUGGGGUUCGCCGUCAGUGGGCCCAUCGGCAGGUUCGCCGUCGACGCCCUGAUCGUCCUCUCCCAAGCCGGGUUCUGCAUCGGCUACCUCAUUUUCAUCGGCAACACGCUUACCAGCCUUUUCAGCUCCUCCUCCGCCGCAAGCCCUACAGUUUUAGGGUUCUCUGCGAAGAGCAUAUACAUCUGGAGCUGUUUUCCUUUUCAACUGGGCUUAAAUUCGAUUCCUUCUCUCACUCUCUUAGCUCCCCUGAGUAUUUUUGCAGAUAUAGUGGACUUGGGCGCCAUGGGAGUUGUUAUGGUUGAAGAUAUCCUCAUAUUCACCCGGCAGUUACCGUUAGUUGAAGCUUUCGGCUCCGUUUCAACCUUUUUUUACGGGCUAGGUGUGGCCGUGUACUCGUUCGAGGGAGUUGGAAUGGCUUUACCCUUAGAAUCAGAGAUGAAAGACAGAUCAAAAUUCGGAAAGAUUCUAGCUUUAAGCAUGAUUUUCAUAGCUGCAAUGUAUGGUGCUUUCGGGGCCAUGGGUUACUUUGCGUUCGGAGAGAACACGAAGGAUAUCAUCACGGCAAACAUGGGAAAAGGGCUGUUGAGUACUUUAGUUCAGCUGGGCCUCUGUAUAAAUCUGUUCUUCACCUUCCCUUUGAUGAUGAAUCCUGUGUUUGAGGUGUUUGAGAGGAGAUUUUGGGAGGGAAAGUAUUGCCUGUGGUUGAGAUGGAUUCUUGUUUUGAUCGUGAGCCUUUUCGCAUUGUUUGUCCCGAAUUUCGCUGAUUUUUUGUCUUUGGUUGGUAGCAGCACUUGUUGUGUGCUGGGCUUUGUUUUGCCUGCAAUGUUCCAUUAUCUGACAUUCAAGGAUGAGAUGAGCUUCAGACGAGCUGGCAUUGAUGUAGGCAUAAUUGUGUUGGGUAUCGUUCUUGGUGUAUCGGGAACUUGGUAUUCCCUUCUAGAAAUUUUUUCUGUGAAGGUAUGA